AUGACUUCGGCAGAGUUUGCCAGUGUCGUGCGCCAGUUGCUGCUGGAGCAGGAGCACUUUCUCAAGCGGCACCUCCUCGAGCACCGCCUCCGCCACGAGGUGCACGACGCCAACGGCGACGGGUGGGAUUUGUUGUUGUCGCCGGCGUUCCCGUCGUCAUCGGAGGUGGCUACGCCAGCACUCCACUUCUUGUUUCAUCGCUAUGUCGACACGUUCCCGUUUGUUGCCCUCAACAGCGAUAAAGAGAAGCGGGAGAUGUGGCAGGCAGUGCACCGGUUCAUUUCUACGAUUCUCAGCUGGCGACGUCAGCGGGCGAAUAAACUGCUGCCUGGAGUUUACGAUAAAACCAAUUAUACCAACGAUACCGUGGUGCUGGCGCUUGUGUUAUGGCUUAAUACCUUGGUGUCCACUGAGAAAGACUUACUGUAUUUGGAGCACAAUGCCCUCAAAGUACAGCGGCUGACCAAAACUCCUACCAUCCAGUUGUUUACACGCCACGCCACCGUCGACGAGCUAUUGGACUACCCCCGUUUGGACUAUAUUAACGACUACCAUAUUGAUGUGGUGAGUGUGCGACGAACGCCUCAACAAACGAAACUGCUUUUUGGCUUGAGGCUGGGGAAAACCAAAUAUAACCAUAGCUACGUGCUCAAAGUGGUUCACCGUACUCCCAUCAUCCUGGGAGCGGCACUGGGCAAACUGGGCCAGCUGAGCCAGCCCCACCAACAGCACUACCGCUACCACCACCACUUCAUCGCUCGCAGCUACCGUGAUUUCCGCAUUAUCUUAUACCAAUUAGCCCUGGAACUUCCGGGCAUCGUGCUGCUUGAUCGCUUUCCCCUAGGGGACUAUAGUCAGGCCGACGACGGGUGUACGGAUUACAUCCCCAACGGCAGUGUACUGGAAGGGGAACUGAUCAAUGGAGACAGUGACGAGGGCAACGUCAAGCUUUACAGAGAGAAGACUCGGCGUGCUCUUCGCCACUGGCUUAAGGCGUUGAUCCAGCACCCUGAAGUGUUACUGCUGCCGCAAUUCCAGGUAUUCAUUGGCGAGAAGGCUAAGGUCUUCAACAAACUACAACCGGAAGAUAUUCUCGACUUGACCAACCGCAUUGCCCACGAUAACCACGUCAUCGACACCCAGGUGGUAUUCCAACGCCACUACCUUGAAGGGGUCAACUACUUACAACUGGCGUUCGGUCCGUGGAAGGAGAAGUUCGCUCAACGGCCAAACCGGCUCGUGGAUCUCGUACUGCAAAUCACGCUGGUUUCUGACAUCCACAACACUAAGGACGCCAUGAUGAUUGCCAUCUACAAGUGGAGUAAAGCAGCAAUGGCACUGGGGAUCUACGACACGUUCAUGGCCCACGAUGCUAGUGAGGAGUGGCUACGACGGUGUCGUAAAGCGGUGUCUCAAGUGCCUUAUAACUUGAUGUAUAACGUGUUGAAGUUCACCAACCCGGCCAAAUUGAUCAGCCGCAUGCUCGACAUAUUAUUCUUGCCGCUCCCGCUGUUAUCAACGAUCCCCGGGAUUAACCGGGUGACGGGAACCAUCAAGAAAAAGAGCUCUACGGACGAGAACCACCAGAAUAAGAACCUCCUCAUGCUUGUUGGUGGUACGCUCUUGGGACACGAGCUUCAAGAGACGGGACGUAACCUCGACAAGUUGAAGAAGCAGGGUUUGCCCGAUGAUUACGACAUCUUCUUGACGCGUCUAGAAAACUAUUUCACGCUUCCAGUGGAGGUGACGACCAAAAUCAAACAAGAAGCAGUUGAGAAAGACCGCCACAUCUUGUUGACGGUGUUGGGCACUGAUAUCAUCGAGCCACGCAUCAAAUCGGAGUAUGACCAGUACCGAUUAGGCGAGUUAAAGGAGCAGAUGGAAGCCUAUGAGACUGGUGCCAGCACCGACCCUGACGACUACGGAUUAUGGCUCAUCUUCCGCCAGUACUGGGACACUUUCAGUCGUCGCCAGGACAACGAGUUCAUCCAGACGGUGUUGCGCAACCCUGUAUACACCAAGGCGAUCCAGCGGCUUGCACUGGUGUACUACAAGCCGUUCCUCCUGCUUAUGGGCAAGCUGAGCUUGCACAUUGGUUACCGCGACUUGUGGAGCUUUAUCGACGAGAUGUUCACCGCAUUAACCAAGAUGAACGACGGGGAAAAGUACUACAUGGACCUGGACCUGAUUUAUAACCGCAUCGACGCCAUCUUGGAGAAAUACACCCCGUGUGCGUUCGACUUGAUGGCCCGUGCUCGAGCCCACGACGACGAUAAGUUGAUCCUCAACAUGGCAAAAUGGAUGGCGGAUAUCGCCGACGAUGCUCGCAUCAAGUUUCAGAGCCUCGACCGAGUGCUGCUCAAUUUGACGGCCAUUGAUGUCGAGGUGGACGAGGACUUGUUUGUGAAACAACUCAACGCGAAGAUCGCCAUCAAUCUGGAUCGCCGAUACGCUUUCCGACAAUACCGCAAAAGGAAGCUGAUGGUGCAACAGAUGCACGAGGACCAGGUGCUGCUCAACUGGGAGCGCGUAUACAAGAACUUGUUUGGUCCUCAGGAGGUGUUGUCUCAGUUUGGCCUCGACCACGAAGACAUAGAGGACAUGCUGAACCUAGCAUUUGAGCAGGGGCUCCUUCAGCUGGAGAAGGAGCUCGACGAGAUCGACAGAGAGUUGUUGCGCCAGCUCACGGCGAUCGCCCAGGAUAACGACGUCGGGCUGCUGGAGCUCGACAAGAUGGAUCUGCUGGUGAAGCGCCAGCUCACGGAUAUUUUUAGACGGACGCUAGCAAAGCCCCAAUAG